UUCUUAGGGAUAGCCCAAAACAGGCAGAAACCGGAUUUUCGGCAAAUACCGAAAACAUUUUUCCAGUUCACCACACUUGGCACUACUACACCAAUGUCGCACAACCUCAACCUAAUGACUUGGCCAGACACCCUCCUGGUCGAAAACAGGGGUGACGAAGAGUCGCUCUGGAAUGCGAGAUCCCAAGAGCGCAGGCGGUGGCUGCAAGCGAAGAGAGCAGCAAAGCAGCGGCAGCGGGAGGAACGCAACCUGAGCUGCGUCAACAGCUCCGGGAAAUCCACGUCCUGUGUGGCAUGUAAGAGGGUGAGGGCGCGCUGCGAGCGCCCUGAACAACGCACACACAAUGAAUCGCCGGCGCGCGCGGGGAAGAAGAGGAGGGGGGCGUCUCAGGAGGAGACCGACAAGGAGCGCUUCGGUUGCUCAGGUCGCUGGCUCGCUCGUUGAGAUCAGCGAUGCACUUCGCUCGCUGGUCGCCCUGGUGGAACCACUCCUGGCUCCGGUGGCGAUCUCUGGCGAUACCAGGAAGCCAGAAGUUGGGGGAAUCAUGAGACAAUAUAUCUCUGGAUGACUGAUACUUUGUGUGCCGAGUUCAACGAAGCGAAGCGAGUACUCUAGUUGCUGAUCAUCAAGUACCGAUGUUUAGUAAAUAAUUGCCUUUGGAGGAAAUUCUAAGGCGGUGGUGACAUGAAAUAACUAUUAGUGCAACAUUUCGCAACCAUGAUCAUCAUCGGCCGCCUC